GUAGAAGGGAGGAGAGAGGCGUUGUGGGGGGCAACGCUCGGAGCCAGGCAUCGCUGUCCGCCUCUCGGUGCUGAACAUGGGCGCUUCAAGCAGGGCACUGUCCAUGGUGCCUACCGUCCUCUUGGCUUUGGCUCUCCCCGCUUUCCCGGUCUGGGCGCAGAACGACACGGAGCCCAUCGUGCUGGAAGGGAAAUGUUUGGUAGUUUGCGAUUCCAACCCGGCUACCGAUUCCAAAGGCUCGUCCUCUUCUCCUCUGGGGAUCUCCGUACGGGCUGCUAAUUCCAAGGUUGCCUUUUCGGCGGUCAGGAGUACCAACCAUGAACCUUCCGAGAUGAGCAACAAAACUAGGAUAAUCUACUUCGAUCAGAUCCUAGUAAAUGUGGGGAAUUUCUUUACAUUGGAGUCUGUCUUCGUAGCACCAAGAAAAGGAAUUUACAGUUUUAAUUUUCAUGUAAUUAAAGUCUAUCAGAGCCAAACAAUCCAGGUGAACUUGAUGCUAAAUGGGAAACCGGUCAUUUCUGCAUUUGCUGGGGACAAAGAUGUCACUCGAGAAGCUGCGACAAACGGAGUUCUACUGUAUUUAGACAAGGAAGAUAAGGUUUACCUGAAACUGGAGAAAGGUAAUCUGGUUGGUGGAUGGCAGUAUUCAACGUUUUCUGGCUUCCUGGUCUUCCCCCUGUAAGGUCAAUUUCCCUGUGACAUUCAUCCAGGUGUGGAUCGGUCCAUUGCUUCUGUUCUUUGAAGAUCAUCUCCUCAUCCUUUGGAUUGAUGUUUUCUUUCUCGGUUUCUCAUGGGUGAAUAUGGAUUCUCUAUAUGGCGAUUGGCCUACCUGAACUACUCUGAGAUUCCACCGAAAAUUUUAUGUGUUUGAAUACGGUGCAUUUGGAUUAAGACUUAAAAGCAGACAAUAAAUAUCUAUGCUUCAUGUUACAAAAUACAGCAGCCUGCAAGGUUUACUUCUGCGUUCCUUUACCGGACAUAUUGGAUUUGUGGGAGAAGUGGAUAAUUAUGGUGUUCUUUCUCUGCCCCCACCCCGAUAUUUUUAAAAGACUGGCAGCCAGGUUUAUGAUUUCAGAAUCUUUUGAGUUCAGUCUUCAAUCAAGAUUAAUGCAUAACUGCCAAAGAACUGCUCAUUGAUAUAUUAGUCAUAUCAUGCCUUUGUUCCUCUUGCGCUCUAAAACAAAAAUGUAACAUAAAUCCAUUCCAUUCAGUUGGGAAAAGAAUAGAUAAUGGUUAUUGAUAAGCAAUUGACUGCACUGCUUCUCUUUGUACAGUGUUCUGGAUGGUCCACUUAGAUGUUUUCCUUCAAAUAAUUAAUCUCAAAGAAGACCACCCUGCUGAAAGUGAAUGAGGCAUGGUCGGAUGUUAUUUGCACAUGGAGGGGAUUUAUAUUCUACUGAAAGUAUUUUCUAAUAAUGAGAAAAGAUUAUCCUGCUUAAAAAAUACUUACCUAGGUUAAAUGGGAUCAUUUUGGCAAACCUCUGCAAAACAGGCUUGCUCCAUAGGAAAUUUCACACUGGCUCUUCACCUUUAAUUAACAUGAUUGAUAAUAACCACUUUAUUAAAAACCGAAGGGAAUCAUUCCUUAGGCACAGCAAAUUCAUUAGUUGGAGACGGAAGCUCUCCCCUCUUUUUUUAAAUUAUGUCAGUUUCCCAAGCCUUCUGUUGUGUUUGAGGUGUCAUCUGGUUUUGCCUUAACUGCACAAAUGUAUAUAUAACGAUGAUAGAUACUGUGGGGCACAAUGCAGCCGAAGUUAAGCAUUUCGGGCCCUGUUGAGGUCAGCAGGAGGGAUUUCCCAACUUCUGUUUCAUUCUUCCAUUGAAAUCAAAGGGACUUUAAAAAGCGCUUCACUUAGGCUGGGUUGUACCUGAUCUGUUUAGCAAAUAUUCAGUCCAAAUAGCCGGUACCUGAAUUUGGUGCAAUAUCUUUUCUGUCUUUUUGUAAAGGCCAUAUGAAUUCAUAAAUUUAUUUCUUAUGUUGCUGUUACAUAAUAAAAAUUAAUAUAUGUUAGUGUAA